UCCUUGAAAAGGUUUACAUGCAGCUACAGUCCUUCUUGGAUGAUCCGGCCUAUCGAGAGGAACAUGCUCUUCACCUUGAAGUUGUCGCCACCUUUACACGUGUCGGGCCAAACGCUGAACAGAAAUUCGGGGAUGAAUUUAUGUUGCCGCGUCUGACAGCUUUGGCCCUCGAGAACAACAACCAGACCAGCGAAUUGAAGAAACGGGAGAUGGCACUACAGCUGUUUGAGGCAUACAGUGUUCUCUCCUGUUGUUUCAUCAACUACUAGCUGGUGCAGGAGUCCUUGUUGCCAGGGUUACCAUGUCUGAAGCAGGACAUGGUCAGCAUUGCUCCUGAGCACGAAGAGGUCAUCAACUCCAUGUUGAAAGGUUACGAAUCCAAGAUCGAAACGUCUAGGCCUGCAGAU